AAAUAUUGAUGGACAUCGUAAUGAAAAAAUCAAUUAUGAGCCUUUAAAACUUAACAUUUUAUUAAAAUUUUUUGGAAAUUAUUUUUUAGAUUCACAAUGACUACUAAAGAACAGAUUGAGGAAUUUCGUUUGGAAAGAAGUGUAUUUAUAAAUUCCCUAUGCGUUAUAUGCGGUUUUCAAUACACGACAUCCUAUUAUGGGAAUUUUGGAUGUAAACGAUGUUUACGAUUCUUUUUAAGAAGUAUAACUGAAAGGAAAACAUAUAAAUGUAGAAAUAACUCUGGAAAUUGCCAAAAUGUUUAUUUCUCUUCGAUAAUCUGUAAAUUUUGUUACCUAGAACGAAUGUACCGUUACGGUUUUAUGCCUACAAGGUUCGGUAGACACGAUGACAGUUGGUACAUGAAAGAUAAAAUACCGUUACUACGUCCGGUGCCAGCGAUGGAUCAUUUAGAAUUACAUUUCGAGACCGAUUUGGAAAGUUUCCUAAGAUGCCAAAGAGAUUACAUUGAAUUUAUGACUUAUUUCUCCCAGUUAAGAAUGGAUAUGGCUUCUCGAUUGAAUGAAAAUCCUCAAGAACAUCUACAAUUUAAUAUAGAUAUAGAAGUUCCAGGUUCUGUUAAUGAAUCAACCAUAGCAGCGUACGUAAAUGUUAUUAGAGAAUCAUUACAUUUACAUGACGUUCUUAAACUUGGAAUUAAAUAUCGUGAUCCCUAUCAAUUACGAAACCAAUUUGUCCAAGAUUUCUCUCUAUUUUUACUAAAUAAAGUAAGGAAUGUAAUCGCCAUAAAUAUCUAAAGACGAGUUUUACGUGAAGAAGAAGACUAUUAUGAUAAUCCAUAACUAAUUGAUAAUGCAGAUAACUGUUUCGUGCAAUAAAUUUAAAAGUUAAAGAUUGCAAGUUUUUAAUGCGGUUUUUUGCAAACUUUUAAAUUUUGUAUUGAAAUUUAU